UAAAACCCGAGUUAGGGGGUGGAUACAGUUUUUUUUUCUUUUCCUCCCCGUAAUUCCGUGGUAAAAAAUCAUCUUUGGAGAGAAACCACAUCAUCAUAAACAUGCCCAAACACGAGUUUGCGGUGGUCAUGACGUGUGAAGGAUGUUCAGGUGCUGUUAGCCGGAUCCUCAGCAGGUUGGAAGACAUCAAAUUUGAAAUCGACCUUCCGAAUCAACUGGUCUGGAUCGAGUCGGACAAGGACGCGGACGUUCUACUGGAGACGCUAAAGAAGUGCGGCAAACAGGUCACGUACAAGGGCACCAAAUAAACACAGGAUGAGGAGUUUUUAUGGUGCCAAAUGAAGUAAUGAGCUUCAAUCGUGGAUGUCAGUGGAAUGACUCUGAAGUUUCUUUGACGACGUUCUUUAAUUUGAAUAUCACGUACAAUCAUUACUUCCUGCACACCGUCAUGCAUUCCGCGCUUAAGCCGUCAAACGAAGAGCUAUGAAGAUGUAACACUGAAAAAUAAAAUCCACAUUUAUUCAUUUUUGUAGCAAGAAAAAAACAUGAAUUCUGCGUCUUGUGUAUUGUAGGUUAUCAAUGCAAUAAAGUUACAAACAUCUGUUUUAUGUUUUCAGCCGCCCUUAGCAUGGAGGUGCUCGUCUGUUACCCAUCUUUCAGUCAGCAAGGCCGCGACUCGCGUCUGUUUGUACAUGUUUGUGUGCGCGGUAGCACAAAUUAGCUGCACUCUGUUUUUAGGAGGGAUGGGCAAGUACCAAUAGCAGGAAUUGGUAUCAGGCUGAUAUCGGCCUUAUUUCAAGGUAUCAGGUUCUCACGAAGGCUGCAGAUACCAGCCACGACAAGACAAAUUUGGUCUUUCCCGAUUGCACUGCCAGACAAGUGGUGUAAAGUCUUGCCGUAUCUCGGUCAGGCAGUGGCAACACUACACGACAUGUAUUCCGACACCACCGCAUCCUGUCUUUUAUGAUCACUGGGCUUUGUCUUGUCAAAUCAAAUACUGUCGGAGAGGCAGAACCAGAAAACUUGAUGCCGAUCAACGUGACCGGAUACACUCGUUACCAUGGCGACUUCAACAAAGCGGCGCGCCAAUGUAUUGUGUGGGUGGAAAAAAAAGCACAAAUGAGGAAAAACUAAAUCUAGGCAUAAAGCAAACAAAUCUAACAUGCAGUAAGUACUCCUUGUCUGUAGUUGGCGCUGGACUGUGGCAGUUUGAGACAUCAGCGAACCAUCAUGUACGUCAGAAAAAAUGAAAGCUCUUUGUU